AUGUCACAUAAUCCAGAUGCUUCAAUUCAGGAACAACAAAAAGAUACUUAUUUUGGUAAGGAAGUUGUAAACAGAGUAUCCUUCUUGAGGGAAGAUCAUGAGUUUAUUAGCAAUAGUGUGUUUCAUCCUUCUACUAGAUUUAUAUUCUUUCAAGACGGCAAUCCAUUGAUUAAUAAAGAUGCAGAAGAAAAAUUAAUAAUUUUGACAAAUGGAGAUAAUCAAUUGCCAGGGAAAAGUGGAUUCAUAGUAAAGAAAGGGUUACAAUCAAGUAGCCCUAAAUGGUCUAAGAUAUUAGAAACAUGGAGCAAGGAUAAUAAGGAGCUUGAUGAUGGUACCAGAGAUGGAACAAAGCCAACCUUCUUAUUUAUGGGCCUCCAAGAUGAGAGCGUUGGUUUGAAUUUGAAAAAUUUGAAAUUUUCAGAGGAUGGUGAAGUAUCUGGGGAACGAUACUUGGACCAUCAGGGUCGCUACCAAGGGAUACCUUAUUAUGCAGUUGACGUUACCAGAUCUCCAGAACUAGCGGAAUUAAUAUUGCAUCAUAUAAUGGCGUAUAGCAAUAUAAAGAGGGAAGGCUUGUUCUUCAGUCAUUCCAGGAAGCACUACUUAGGAUUUACUACAAACGAGGCUGCUUUAUAUUCUCAUGGUAAAAUGUUUCUCGACUGGCUCGAGAGAAACAAAUUUUGCCCUGGUUGUGGUUGGAAAGUUAUACCAAUACAUGCUGGUGGUAAGUUAAGAUGUACCAACGAUAGAAAAGAUACUCAAAAUAUCUAUGAAUGUCCUGUGAAGAAUACUAGAGUUUCAAAUGUGUCGUUUCCUAGGACAGAUGCGGUCGUCAUUACAGCCAUCACAAAUGCAAGUAGGGACAAAAUAUUACUUUCUUUAUCAAAACGUUACGCCGUAACAAAGAUGUAUGCAUGUACGGCUGGAUUCAUGGAACCAUCUGAAACGGUGGAAAAUGCCACCAAAAGAGAAAUCUGGGAAGAAACAGGGGUGAAAUGUGAUAAGAUCAAGAUCGUUAUGUCUCAACCAUGGCCAUUUCCUGGUAACUUAAUGAUAGGAUGUGUCGCCGAAGUUGACUUCAAUGGAUCCAAUGAAAUAAUUCACUUAGGACAUGACAGAGAAUUGGCUGACGCAAGAUGGUUUGAUGUUAGUUUUGUUCGUACUCUCAUGGAUAAGCCAAGAAAUGACUCAGAGUCUAAUCCAGAAGGUAUUUUACUUCCAAGCUCAGAAUCAGUUGCAUUUCUGUUAAUUAAGUUGGUAGUUGAUGAAGCGGUCCCUAAUCCAGCUAGGUUAUAA